AAGUUGGCAAGAAAUGAAAUCUCGAAAAUUUGGAGGAAGAAGAGAGUAGUGAUGCGCGUUUGUUAAAGGAAAGAAAAGAUGACACAGUACACGUGGGAGGCAAAAAUAAGAAAUAAGACGAGCACAAUAGAUAGAGAGAUGAAGAAGGGAAGCGUCAUAAACCUUACCUGGUAGCGUUGCAAGGAGAGAAGAAAGAGGUUCUCGUAUUGCAACGCUAUCAUAUAAAACAAACAGAUCUGUUUACGCAACGCACCACGCCACAGGCAAUGCCAUGCUGUAGUCGUGUGCGAUUCAGAAUUAAUUAUUAAUUAUAAACAUGAAACUGUAAUAAUUUUAUCAAGUUGGUGCUUCAAUAAGCACACACACGCACACGCACACGCAGAGAGAGAGAGGUAAAGAGAAAUGGCAUAUCAGCGGCGGCGUCAACACUAUUACCAACGAUUCCGUGUAGUGAUUCCGGUGUUUUCCGCCGUCGCCGCCGCACUACUGUUUCUCUUCGCUCUCCUCUCGUUUUUAGCUCCUUCUCCCGUCGAAACCGAUCGUAUGCAGUUGAAACGACAACAGACUACGAUUAGCGUUCAUAAGGAUGAGGCGAUUGAACAUCCUGCGUUCCGCGUUCCGAGAGAUGGAGGAAAGUUGGGACGCGAUAUCUGGACUUCUCGAAAUUCAGAGCACUUCUACGGCUGUAGCAAUUCCAGCAACAAGUUUCAAAGUGCGUAUCAUUGUUGGUUCAGUAGUGUGGAGUGAUGCGAUAAGCUCAAGUGAUGACACAUUCGAAUCGAUAUUUGUGUAUUGCGACAAGUGGAGGCUUGAAUCAGCAAAGAACGGGGAUUACAGAUGCUGUUGUUGCUGCACGAAUUUUGAAUGCUACUCUUGUUGUUCCAAAAUUGGAUCAACGAUCUUUCUGGAAAGAUUCUAGUAACUUCUCAGAGAUCUUUGAUGUUGAUUGGUUUGUAUCAUAUCUGUCCCAAGAUGUCAAGAUUAUCAAGCAACUUCCCAGUAAGGGUAGGAAACCAUUAUCUGCAUACAAUAUGCGGGUUCCAAGGAAGUGUAAUGAAAGAUGUUAUAUAAAUCGCAUAUUACCUGUACUCGUGAAAAAACAUGCUGUGCAGCUUAGCAAAUUUGACUACAGGCUAGCAAACAGGUUGGAUACAGAAUAUCAGAAGUUGAGAUGUAGAGUUAAUUACCAUGCUUUAAAAUUUACCAGCCCAAUACUUGCAAUGGGGCAAAAAUUGGUCCAUUGGAUGAGGAUGAGAAGUAAACAUUAUAUUGCACUGCACUUAAGAUUUGAACCUGAUAUGCUGGCAUUUUCUGGAUGUGAUUAUGGUGGAGGGGAGAGGGAGCAGAAAGAACUAGGCGCAAUAAGGCGGAGGUGGAAGACAUUACAUAGAAGCAAUCCUGAUAGGGCAAGGAGGCAGGGAAGAUGCCCAUUAACCCCAGAAGAAGUUGGUCUCAUGCUAAGAGCAUUGGGAUAUGGUUCUGAUGUUCAUAUUUACGUUGCAUCAGGGGAAGUAUAUGGAGGGGAAAGAACGCUGGCGCCUCUCAAGGAAUUAUUUCCUAAUUACCAUUCAAAAGAGACCAUUGCUACCAAGGAAGAAUUACAAUCAUUUUCUUCAUUUUCUUCUCGCAUGGCUGCACUUGACUUCAUUGUCUGUGAUGAAAGUGAUGUAUUUGUAACCAAUAAUAAUGGAAAUAUGGCAAAAAUGUUAGCUGGACGAAGGAGAUACUUUGGGCAUAAACCAACCAUUCGUCCAAAUGCUAAAAAACUCUACCGAUUGUUCUUGAAUAGAACAAACAUGACUUGGGAUGUUUUUGCUUCCAGUGUCCGUAAUUUCCAGAGAGGCUUCAUGGGGGAGCCAAAGGAAGUAAGACCAGGUAGAGGCGGAUUUCAUGAGAAUCCAUCGACCUGCAUAUGUGAAGAUUCCACAGCCAAAGUUGAGAAAAAUUCAGGACCUCGAAAACAUGGAAAGGAUAAUACAACUAAGAGAAAUGCCUCAAAUGAUGAACCGGAUGUUGACAAUGAGCCUGAAUGGGUAGAAAUGGAUGAUGAUGAUGAGGACCAGAAUGAUCUAGCAGAUAAGGGUACAUUCAAUGAAACAUUUGCGGACUAUGAUGCUAUGAACUUCGAGGAUCCUGAUUUGGAGGAAAUUAUAUCAGAUUAGUGAUGGUGCCCUGUCCAGUGCUGAUGUACCUGUUGACUUGUUAUGGUUGUUUGUCCUCAUCACGUUCCCUUGAGCAGUUGCUGCUCAAUUUGACAGCUGCUGAUACAGCCCAAAAAAUGAAACAGAAAAGGCGCUCCUUUCUCAAUACUGGCGAACUGUAGUUAAAAGACAUCAUAAAAUUUAAUCAUACGAUCAUCUUCUGCAUUUCUAAGGACAUAAUGACCUCAGUUUGGUGCUGAUUUUUGGGAUUGUUUUGGACUUGUACUUGAAUCUGUGAAAAGAGGAUCAGAAGCGAGCAAUGGAAGUAGAUUUUAGAGGACAGCCGUUCGACAUAUAGAUGCACACAAAAUUGAAUCGAGUUUUCGAGGAAGUCGGAAAAUCUGUAUAUCUUGAGUUGAAAACCUUUACAGUUUUAUAGACAGUACUUACUGGUUUAUUUCUUCCUGUCUUCCUUUGACGUAUGAUGUCAACUGUCGUUUAUUCGCCUAAAGGGAACGUAGCAAUCAAUAGUGAUGUCCUGACAGGUUAACCAUUUUAAAACCAUAGAUAAAUUCUUUCC